AAAUUACUCUUUAUUUAGCAGUGAACAUGCGAGGACGGUGGUUAUUUCUUUUCCUUGUCAUUUGCGGGGUGAAUCUUGCCUUCAGCAGAGAUUUCUGCGACAAGUUGCAAAGGACCAAAGUGAGUGAUGGCGAGGUGAUUGCAGGAGGUGCUCUCAAGUCUUCGGAUGGCACCACAUUCAAGAAUGGCACCUUCUGGAGAGACGGAAAGUUUUGGUGGGCAUGUCCUUGUCUCAAUGGGCCGUGCGUCCGACAAUGUUACACUGACCUGGCGAUAAAAUAUAAUGUGAUGACGAAGGAAAAAAGUACUCGGAUUAAAAUUUGGGAUGAUGGAGUUGAGAAGGAGGUUGACAUGGAAAAGCAUUUUGGCGUAGUCUACGACGCGCUUUGCUAUGCUCCCACUGAAUUAAAGCCUGAUAUCGAAGUAUUUGACGAAUUUCUCAUGUAUCCAAAUGGAUCGAUCUACUUUCCGCACCCAGAAAUACCUGCAGAACAUCGACUUAUCUCCGACGCCAUGUACUGUCUAAUACCUAUAGAUGAAGAAAAUCAAACUAUAUUGACUUGCUCAAAGGAGGAAGAACAAAAGCAACCCUCGAGUAAUAUGCGGUUCAUAAUCUACCCCGUAUUUUAUAUAUUGAGCGCGAUUUGUUUGCUCCUGACGCUAAUUGCAUUUGUUUUGACGCCCGAACGAAACUCGUUUCACAGCAAAUCUGUUGCUUGCCAAUCAGGAUGUCUACUAGUUUCGUUCCUUGGCCUCGCCAUCACGUACUUAACUGGAGAAAAGAGUAACGAAAAAAUUUGCGUAAAUGUUGCGUACAUCAUGCACUUCUUUUUGAUGGCGUCAUUUUUCUGGAUGAACGUCAUGUGCAUUGAUAUUUAUCUCACAUUUUCAGGGUCGAUGUUGCAAAUGCACAAAGGGAGUUUCCGCGUUUUUUCCCUUUACGCUUGGUGCGCACCGCUGGCUUUUUCCGCCGUCACUAUUAUUUUGGAUAAAAACACGAAUGAUCUGAUUUGGAGUCCGGGUAUUGGAGAUAAGAGCUGCUGGUUUAGAGAUUUUUGGCCAAAUUUUGUGUACUUCAACGGUCCACUUUUGAUUUUGCUCACCAUUAACGCGUAUUUGUUCGGAGUGACCGUGUGGCGUUUGCGGCAAAAACUGAAGGAAACGAGAGGAGUUCUGAGAAGAAGCGACAGUCAGGUGCACAACCGGAAUGAGAGGAAUCGAUUGAUUUUGUACGUGAAAUUGUUCAUGUUGACGGGCUUCACGUGGAUUUUCGAAAGUAUCUCGUGGGCCGUAGGAGGUCGGGAAGAAUAUUGGUACCUGACUGAUUCCAUCAACAACUUGCGAGGGGUCUUUAUUUUCUGGUUCUGCGUCUUGUCAGACAAAACCAUGCGCUACUCUUUGAAGCAGAAAUUUUGGAUUGAGAAAAAGAAGAAAUUGCAUAUUCUUACCAAAGUAGAGCCGCAGUCGGGAGCAAACCACACUUCAUCUACAUCCACUGUCGUCUAAAAGGAAUAAUAUGUACGGAAAUAUUCAUAUUUCAUGACUUCCAUGUAAAAAUAGUGAAUUCAGUUUUCCGUUUUUGGUAGUAAGUUUACCGAUAGUUUUUUUUUAUAUCAAUAUGUAUUUAUUAAUAAAGUUCUGUGCCACAUUGAAUCAGCAACUGCCAAACCUAUAAUUUUUUUUUUAGCGUGUUUUAAUAAAACGUUUUCACAUUGUGAAAGGAA